AUGUUGCCACUUCUUUUUUUUCCUUGUCUCCCCUUUUUUGCCUGUCCUAUCUUUCUUUCCUCGCCUGUCCCAUCUUUCCUUUCCUCUUUCUUUCCCUCGCCUGUCCUAUCUUUCUUUCCCUCAUAUAAUCCUAUCUUUCUUUCCCUCGCCUGUCCUAUCUUUCUUUCCCUCGCCUGUCCUAUCUUUCUUUCCCUCGCCUGUCCUAUCUUUCUUUCCCUCGCCUGUCCUAUCUUUCUUUCCCUCGCCUGUCCUAUCUUUCUUUCCCUCGCCUGUCCUAUCUUUCUUUCCCCUCCCUUUCUUUCCCUCGCCUGUCCCAUCUUUCUUUUCCUCGCCUGUCCUAUCUUUCUUUCCCUCGCCUGUCCCAUCUUUCUUUUCCCUCGCCUGUCCUAUCUUUCUUUCCCUCGCCUGUCCCAUCUUUCUUUCCCUCACCUUCCCAUCUUUUCUUUCCCUCGCCUGUCCUAUCUUUCUUUCCCUCGCCUGUCCUAUCUUUCUUUCCCUCGAGUGUUUUUUUCAAAGAAUCAAAGACAAAUAUAUCUUCAAAUGCCUUUACUUGGCCAGCCAUUCAGUAAUUUUCUGAAAGAAGAGUUCUCGGACAAAGAACGGCAAGUUUUUGUGCGUGGAUUGUGUGAAGGCCUUCAUAAAUUACAUAGCAUAGGAAUAGUACAUGGAGAAAUUGACCCAUCCACAGUGCUAUUAAAAACUAAUAGAACAGUAGCCAUAUGCAUGCCAGACUUCUCAACACCACUGGUAUCCAGGGUACGGAAACGUUACAUGUUACCAAAUGGCUAUUCUUUCUUGGCCCCUGAAUGCCAACAGCAGCAACAACCAACAGUUGACCCUUCCCCAGCCACAGAUGUUUAUCAUCUUGGACUUAUGACUUUGUUGUGGCAUCAACCAGAUGAUAAAGUUUCCAGUCUAUCCCAGUUGUCAGAAGCCAAUUUUCCAACGCCAGUGAAACUUUUUUUGCAACAUUGUCUCCAAGAAGAUCCUAGAAUGCGAGUUUCAGUCAAUCAGUUGCUGGCAUCGGAAUACCUCAACAUCAACCUUGAGUCUGCAACUUCAGUUUUACCAGAAUCAGGAAGCAGUUGCACAAAUCCAAACAACCAACAACAGAAUUGCAUCUCCUCAACUUCAGGAUCUUCUGCAAGUGACAACACAGUUUCACAGUGUGACUCCCCUCUGGCCUCUUUAGCUGGUAGUCACCCCAACAACUACACCUCCAGUAAUGGACCCACCUGCGAAGCAGCUCCCCUCACAUCUAACAGCUCCAUGGUCACUAACCUAUAUGAUAAUUUACAGUCUCCCGUUUCUAAUGUUGUACAGCAGCUGUCCAAAAUGAUGCCACUUUCGGGCCUCUACCCUGGCCUCAGUAGUCUUCAGUUUGAUGACAACCUCCAUGCUAUCUAUGACCAGCCUGCAGACCAAAUAGACAUGCCCUCUUUGGCCUUUCAACCAAUGGACAAACCUGAUGAAAAUGGUGCUCCUGGCCUGCUUACAACCAAUUCAAAUCGCAAAGAAUUUUUUAACAACCAAAUGGGGGACUGCAAUCUGGACACAACACCCCCAUUAACCCCUCUCCAGGCUGACUACUCACAGGCCAGUACAUUUUCAACGUCUGGUGGGGUGACAUGUAGUUUCCCUGCUGCUGUGGGGAAUGGGCUGUGCACAGAUGUUCACUGCAAUGGUGAAAGUGUACCGAUGCAAAAUAGCAGAGAUACAAGCCAGUUGCACUGUACUGAAUCGAUCUCGCCUGCUUCUCCCCUACCCCACAUGGACUCUCCCAAUUCAGGUACAGUGACUGCAAGAGAACACUGUCGAUUGUCUGCCUCUGAUGUCACCCAGAAUCUUCAAUCAACAAUAAACCAGACUUUUUUGUUGAUGUAUGUUCUCUGCCUAAAUUACGAAAAUUCCUUGUUCUCUCUCACAUCACCAGCUGGUUCCUUGUUUCUAACCUACAAACUUUCUUGA